AUGUUCACUAAAACAAUCUCACUAUUCGCUUUCGCCUUACUUUCAGUCAACGCGAUAGUCUCUCCCACUUCACCAGACGGAUCAACAGUCGUCAAAGUAGGAGAUAAGAUCAAUGCUCUUUGGACAGCUGAUUCCACUGAUAAUUGGAAAAAUGUUGAAAUCCAGUUGAUGACCGGUGACAAUUUACAAAUGGUACCACUGGCUACUAUCGCAACAGGUAUAGAUGGAACUUCAACUACUUCAUAUUCAUUCGACGCCCCUGAUGUAUCUCCUUAUUCAAAGAUCUACUUUUUACAAUUCACAAACGGUGGUGAUAUGACCAACGUAACAUGGACUACUCGAUUCACCAUCGCAGGUGCAGAUGGAUCCACUACUGAUCCUACUAACAGUACCGUCUACUCUGGUACUACCGUUCAGUGGGGAACCGGUACACUCCUCUCUGGCGUAACUACCGAUGGAUCAUCUAAUUCCAGUUCUUCUGGAGUCUCUUCAGCAUCAGCUUCUAUGGCCAGCAUGAGCGUUUCAAUGAUUGAUUCGUCCAUGGCCAUGUCUUCUGCUUCAGCUUCAGCUUCAGUCUCAGCCUCUGAAUCAGCUUCCGCUGCUUCUAUGAGCGCAUCAGGAUCGACAUCAAGCGCUUCCGCUGCUGCUUCAUCAGCUUCUGCCUCAGCUUCAUCUUCUACCAGUUCAGCUGGGAAAUUACAAGUUGGUUUAGGUAUGACCAUCAUGGUUGGAAUGAUCGGAUUAUUGUUAUAA